GUCCUGGAAAGCAAAUGAAAGAAGUUCAAACAAUGAAAAAGUACUGAAGCUGCCAGCCGGUUCCCAUUAGUUCUCCAGAAUUAAUGUUUAGUAGCUGUGAUGCUCAGAUUUGCUUGGAGAUUGAACUAUGAUAAAGAGUCUUGUUAGCUUUAUAUGCGUGUGUAUAUACACAUUUAGAGACUCGUAUAUAUUAGUGUGUGGGUAUGUGUAUACAAAGCUGUUAGCGUUAGAGCUUCGUGUACCUGGAUUUUUCUGAUGAAGCUACUGGGCUUUUUAGGGUGCUUCGGAUUUCUUUGUGGAGAGAAGAUCCAUAUUUCAUUCAGAUUAUGCUAUUCCCUGCCUAAUAGAGAAAGAUGCUGAAGAGUUAUACAAUGAGCAAUGUAUUGAUUUGGUUAACAUGCUCUACAAAUUGUACUCUCCCUGGGGAGUGAUAAACAUCUUAUAAACAACAAUGGAAGUAGAUUAAAAAGAACACUGAGUAUUGAAUUUAAUUAAUGCCACUGCUGAACAAGUACUACUUGUUUGUGUGUGUGUGUGUGUGUUUAAACUGGAGUACAGCUUGGAGGAAUUUGGUUGGGCUCCCAAACCAGUCUGCUUUCCCAUGCUUGUCAGUUUGGCAAAGAAAUUUGGGCAGGUAUGUGACGAGGUGAAAAUUGACUUGAUGAGCGAGUGGCAAGGAGAGCCAUCAAUCACUGGAGCCUGACAACUCCUCCCCAAAGUGUAGGCUGAGAAGAGAGACAGAGUUCCCUUUCAAGGGGAAAAAUAAACACUACGUGUGGCUUUCACUGAGUCUGAGACUCCAGGAGGGAUUAUGGUAUUGUAGUCAGGAAGCCAGAAUUGUGGAGGCCAAAAAGCAUGCUGGGGCUGUGUUCCAAACAUUGAGAUAGAGGUACAUAAUUAUCCAGCGCAGGAGGUCUUUCCAGAGACUCGUCCCCCAGCAACUGUGGCAACUAAACUAUGAGAAGAAUUUGGUUUCGUUUUAUCUUCGCUGGACUCCACUUCUUUCGGGAAGGGGCAAUCCUCAAACCCCGGUUGCUGUCGUGAUGGUGAAAAGUGGUUUGGCUCCUUGGAUGGGUCCAGAGCUCUGAUUUUUGCUUUGCUACGCCUUUGCAAGCCACGGUUUUGAAUUUUCCGCUGCCUUGUGGAUGAAGGGUCCCUUCUUUCUGCUGGCAGAUGUUGAGGUGCAGAAGCUGGCAAAAAGCUUCAGCAGCAGCCAUCGUUCCAAGGGAGGAGGCAUCACCCUGGCCGAAGGCACCGCUUUCUCUCCAUGCUUCUCUAGAGGUGCUCAGAUGGGAUUAAAGUCCACAUGGAGAUAUGGAAAUGGACCAGGAAUUUACUUUAAAAAGAUGGUCAGCUGGGAUUCGGGUUGCCUUAUCUGCCUGGUGGUGGUCACCAUGGCUGGACUUGCCCUGGCUCGACCUUCGUUUAAUUUAGUUGUUGAAGACGCCACGCUGGAACCUGAAGAGCCGCCAACCAAAUACCAAAUCUCUCAGCCAGAUGUAUAUUCAGCACUUCCAGGAGAACCGCUUGAGUUGCGCUGUCAAUUGAAAGACGCCGUCAUGAUCAGUUGGACUAAGGAUGGGGUCCCCUUGGGGCCUGACAAUAGGACAGUGAUUAUUGGGGAGUACUUACAAAUUAAGGAUGCUACACCCAGAGAUUCGGGCCUCUAUGCUUGCACUGCCGUUAGGACCCUAGACAGUGAUACUCUGUACUUCAUUGUAAAUGUUACAGAUGCUCUUUCCUCUGGGGACGAUGAAGAUGACAAUGACGGGUCCGAGGACUUUGUGAAUGACAGCAACCAGAUGAGGGCACCUUAUUGGACACACACAGACAAAAUGGAGAAAAGGCUACACGCGGUGCCAGCAGCAAACACCGUCAAGUUUCGUUGUCCAGCGAUGGGAAACCCAACACCGACCAUGCGAUGGCUGAAAAAUGGGAAAGAAUUUAAACAAGAGCAUCGUAUUGGUGGCUACAAGGUCCGCAACCAGCACUGGAGCCUCAUCAUGGAGAGCGUGGUCCCAUCUGACAAGGGAAAUUACACGUGCAUAGUGGAAAACCAGUACGGAUCCAUCAAUCACACCUACCAUCUUGACGUUGUUGAGCGAUCCCCACACAGACCCAUCCUCCAGGCUGGCCUCCCAGCAAAUGCCUCUGCAGUCGUCGGAGGGGACGUCGAGUUCGUCUGCAAAGUCUACAGUGACGCUCAACCUCAUAUUCAGUGGAUAAAACAUGUAGAGAAGAAUGGCAGUAAAUAUGGACCAGAUGGGCUGCCCUAUCUUCAGGUUUUAAAGGCUGCCGGUGUUAACACUACGGACAAAGAAAUUGAGGUUCUCUAUAUACGGAAUGUAACUUUUGAGGAUGCUGGGGAGUAUACAUGCUUGGCGGGUAAUUCUAUUGGGAUAUCCUUUCACACUGCAUGGUUGACAGUUCUGCCAGCUCCUGAAAAAGAAAAAGAAUAUCCGACAUCUCCAGACUACCUGGAAAUAGUAAUUUACUGCAUAGGGGUCUUCUUAAUCGCCUGCAUGGUGCUGACGGUCGUCCUGUGCCGCAUGAAGAACACCACCAAGAAGCCAGAUUUCAGCAGCCAGCCCGCUGUCCAUAAGCUGACAAAGCGAAUCCCUCUGCGCAGACAGGUAACAGUGUCAGCGGACUCGAGCUCCUCCAUGAACUCCAACACGCCGCUGGUGAGGAUAACGACUCGUCUCUCCUCCGCUGCCGAUGCCCCGAUGCUGGCAGGAGUCUCAGAAUAUGAACUGCCAGAAGACCCCAAAUGGGAGUUUCCAAGAGAUAAGCUGACGCUGGGUAAACCCCUGGGAGAAGGUUGCUUUGGGCAAGUCGUCAUGGCCGAAGCGGUGGGGAUUGACAAAGACAGGCCCAAAGAAGCGGUGACUGUGGCAGUGAAGAUGUUGAAAGAUGAUGCCACAGAAAAAGAUCUAUCUGACCUGGUGUCAGAGAUGGAGAUGAUGAAGAUGAUUGGGAAGCAUAAAAAUAUCAUCAAUCUCCUUGGAGCCUGUACCCAGGAUGGUCCGUUGUACGUGAUAGUAGAAUAUGCUUCCAAAGGGAACCUGCGUGAGUACCUGCGAGCCCGCCGCCCCCCGGGGAUGGAGUAUUCGUUUGAUAUUAACAGGGUACCAGAAGAACAGAUGACGUUCAAGGACUUAGUGUCGUGCACAUACCAGUUGGCAAGAGGGAUGGAGUACCUGGCUUCACAAAAAUGCAUCCAUCGAGAUUUGGCUGCAAGAAAUGUUUUGGUAACUGAAAAUAACGUCAUGAAAAUAGCAGACUUUGGUUUAGCUAGAGACAUCAACAAUAUAGAUUAUUACAAAAAGACUACUAAUGGACGGCUUCCAGUGAAGUGGAUGGCUCCAGAAGCUCUGUUUGACAGAGUUUACACACAUCAAAGUGAUGUUUGGUCGUUUGGUGUGUUAAUGUGGGAGAUCUUCACGUUAGGAGGAUCGCCCUACCCAGGAAUCCCAGUGGAGGAACUUUUUAAGCUGCUUAAAGAAGGGCACCGAAUGGAUAAACCUGCCAACUGCACCAAUGAACUCUAUAUGAUGAUGAGAGAUUGUUGGCAUGCUGUGCCUUCACAGAGACCGACUUUUAAACAGUUGGUAGAAGACUUGGAUCGGAUUCUCACUCUCACAACUAAUGAGGAGUAUCUGGACCUCAGUGGACCUCUCGAACAGUAUUCACCCAGUUACCCUGACACGAGGAGCUCGUGUUCUUCAGGUGAUGACUCUGUUUUUUCUCCCGAUCCAAUGCCUUAUGAACCUUGUCUUCCCAAGUACCAACACAUGAAUGGAAGUGUUAAAACAUGAAAUCAUACAGAGGAAUAAAGAAACGAGGACAUCAAGCUACCUACAAUAUACAAAACAAAAUCUUUUCUCCGGGACCUUUAUGUUUCUGCUUGUACAUAUGAAAAAAGGAAAAGAAAAAUAAAAAGAAAAGUAAAAAAAACUCUGAGGAGAGGAGUCAGAAACUACAUAAAGAAUCUCCUGAUUUGCAACUUAAAAUAUCCCCAACAAAGAAGAAUGUUUAUGAGCUGUGUCUAGAUACCCAUCGCUGUGGAUUGUCUGGCUUCCUGUAAGCGGCAACAGACUUUGUUUGUACAAUGGACCAGUUGGACUUGAGGCAACUCUGGGUCUGCCUUUCUUGUUUAUUUUGUAAUAUUUGGAGAAAAUAUAUGUUGGCACACACUUACAGAGCACAAAUGCAGUAUAUAGGUGCUGGAUGUAUGUAAAUAUAUUCAAAAUAUGUAUAAAUAUAUAUUAUAUAUAUUUACAAUGAAUUAUUUUUUGUAUUGAUUUAAAAAUGGAUGUCCCGAUCCACCUAGCAAAUUAGUCUCUUUUUUAACAGCUAUUUGCUAAAUGCUGUUCUUACACAGAAUUUCUUAAUUUUCACCAUCCAAAGGUGGAAAAUACUUUGCUUUCAGGGAAAAUGGUAUAUCAUUAAUUUAUUAACUAAUUGGUAAUGUACAAAACAGUUAAUCGUUUAUAGGGUUGUUGUGUUUUUGUAAUUUAAAUGGCAUUUCUAUGCAGGCAGCACAGAGAACUAGUAGAUAUAUUGCUCAGACUUUACUAGUUUUCAGAUCUUUAAAAAAAAAAUAAAUAUUUACAGUAUAUAACUAAUUUGGGGGAAUUAAACUUUUGAUUUAUUUGUGUUUAAAAAACUGCGGUGUCAGAUGAUUAUUCUUAUUCAAACCAAAUCCUUUAACAAGAACGGCUUUUAUUCUCAAUACCUGUCACUUUAACAAUCCAACUCUUCUCUUUAGCAGUGUUUCCCGUGGCCAAAAAGCAUAAUCAUUCCAUGUAAAAAAAGAAAAUAAAGAAAAUAUUGAAGAGGGUUCCUAAAGUAAGGAAAGACAUUAAUUUGUCUAUAACCACAGCAGAAUGUACUGCUCUAAAAGGAGCUGAGCUUCUAUCCUGAGUUGUAUAUGCCUCAAAUUAACUACAGUUCUCUUCCCCGACUUGAAUAAUCGGUUCCAGAUCUUUUGGCCUGGAUCCUUUUGCCUUUUAGACUAUCCCUCUAUUGUAACUUAAGUUAAAAAAAGAGGAGUUGUUUAUAAUGACAAUUUGCCAUAGGAAUAUCAGCAUCUUUUUAAGGGAUUAAUUCAUGCUGACUCCGGUAUUUCCUUCGGAUCCAUUCCAUAACAGUAGGUGUAGCACUGGCCUGUGCUAAAAUAUCACAGUUGUUUGUAUCUUUUUUACCGAAGUCUCGUGGUUUUACUUGCAGAAAAUUCACACUGAUACGGCCAUGCAAUAUGAAUGCAAGUUACACUGUUUUAUGUGGUGGUGUUUUGGUUUAUUGAAAAAAAAAAUUGGCUAAAAAGUUUUAAAUUCUGUUAACUUUUGUACUGACAAUAAAAUGUUUCUACAGAUAUUAAUGUUAAAAUUACAAAAUAAAUGUCAUGCAGCUUAUUUUUCCUAA